AUGCUCGCCCGCAUUCACCGUGUGGAGUUGUACAACUUCAAGAGUUACGCCGGGCACGUCACGAUUGGGCCGUUGCGGGACUUCACGUGCAUCGUCGGCCCCAACGGCUCCGGCAAGUCAAAUCUCAUGGACGCGCUGUGUUUUGUGUUGAGCUCCAAAACUGACGCGAUGCUGCGCGGAAAAGACGCCGCCGACUUCAUCCACCGCGGCGCCCAGCGGAAAGAGUGCAGCGUCACCGCCGUGCUGCGGCACAACACCACCCAAAGUGCGCAGAAUAACACAGACGAUGGUGGAAAUCACACCAACCAUACUACUACUAAUACUAAUACGAAUGGUAAUGGUAGUCAUCUUAAUAAUAAUAACAAUAACAAUAACAACAUCGUUGAGACCUCCUUCACACGGGCAGUGGAUCACAAGGGACGUAUUACACACAAAAUCAACGGCACUGCCGUGAAUGAACAGCAGUUCUUCAAGGCGAUGGAGAAAUUUAAUGUCGGGUCCCGUGUCAAUAACUUUUUGGUAUUUCAACAUGAAGUCGAGGCUGUGGCGCAGAAAAAAGCACGACAAUUAACGGAACUACUAGAGGAAAUCAGUGGUAGUGGUGAGUUAAAGGAUGAGUAUACACGUUGUAAAAAGGCACUGGAUGCAGCUAAUAAUGAAUUAACGUUAGCAUCCGUUGCCAAACGUGGGGCAGUGGCAGCUGUAAAUCAAAUGCGAAUUCACAAGAAAGAGGCAGAAAAGUAUGAUGAAGUGCUGAAACGUAUAACGGAGGAAAAACGAAAUGAAGCGUUGGUUGAAUUAUUGUAUAUUGAAAACAAUUUGGAAAGACAGAAGCAAGAACUUAAUAAUUUUAUAGAGAAAUUGAAUAAACUUGAAAAAAGUAUUACUUCAGAAGAAGAUAUGCGAAAAAUGAAACGUGAAUAUGCUGAAAUGCAUAAAGCAUAUCUUGAAGAAUUAAAAAAGAGUCGUAAAGAAGCGGAUGCAUUGCGAGAAAAACACAGUACAUUGGAACGUAUUAAAGUUUCUCUUUCUCACUUAAAUCGUAAACGUGAGGUACAACAGCAUGAACUGGAUGCUCUCUUAAAGACAGAAAAAAUGCAAUCUAAAGAGGCACAACGUAUUGAUGAACAAUUACAACAACAAAAAUCUUUACUAGUUGCUUUUGAUGAAAGAUGCAAAGAGGAAGAUAAGGCUCAUACCACACUAAGUGGAGCAUUAAGUCCUGAAGAAUUAUCAGAGUAUAGAAAACUUCGAAAAGAUGCAGAAUGUGAAACAGUUGUUUUAAGACAACAACUGGAACGAAUAAAGAGACAACAACAAUCCCUUCUUGAAGGUCAGAAACAGUGUACGAUAACUCUUGAAAAUGUCAAAUCACAGAAAGAAGAACUAACACAAGAUAUAGAACGAAAUAAUAACCGUAUUGCAGAAUUACAACAUCGCACCAAGGAAUUAAAUGAUACAGUUGAAGAAAUUACACAUGAUAUAAAUCAAAAACGAACAAGUCUUGUAUAUGCAGAAAAGAAAAAUAAAGAACGUGAAUUAGAACUUGCAAAAAUUCAAGAACAAUUACAUGAACUUCGUUUUAUAAAAGAAAAUGAUAAACAUGGUACACGAAUGGCAGAAGCUUUACAAGCUUUACGUGCUCUUCAUGGAAUUCGAGGUCGUUUGGUAGAUUUAUGUACAAUUCCUAAUGACAAGUAUCGUCAUGCAGUAACUGUAGCUUUGGGUAAAAAUCUUGAGGCCGUUAUUGUAGAUACUACAGAAGUUGCUAUCAGUUGUGUACGUUACCUAAAGGAACAACGUUUACCACCCAUGACAUUUCUUCCUUUGGAUGCUGUACAAGGUAAAAAAGUAGAUGAUCGUCUACGAACCUUUGGUGGUAGCUGCAAACCGGUUGUGGAUGUUAUUCGUUAUGAUGUUGCUAUAGAGGCGGCAGUACAAUAUGCACUUGGUCAGACACUUGUUUGUGAUGGAAUGGCUGAAGCCAAACAUGUGGCCUACGGUCGCUCAGAUGGGGAACGAUUUAAAGUGGUAACUCUUGAUGGUUCUGUACUUUUGCGAAAUGGCGCGGUACAAGGUGGUCUUGCCUCUAUUCAAUCACGAGCCCGUAAAUGGGAUGAGAAGAAGUAUGAUGAUCUUCGCGCGGCGCGUGAACGACUGUUGGGUGAUGUCUCUUCCACUGGAAAUGAACACGGUGUUGGCUCUGAGGCGGCGAUGGCCCGCACGCGGUGUGAACUGCGGGAUUUGGAGGGGCGAUUGGAGUUCACGCGCGGUCGCAUUCACGCAGUGGCGGCGGAGUCCUCCACAGCGGCGGCUCGAGCGGCGAAUGCCACACGCGAAGUGGCACGAUUGCAGACGGAGAUUGAAAAGAUUGAAGCACGUCGAAAGGCAUGUGAUGAUGAACUCGCACGUUGUCAGCGAGAGUUACAGAAGACACGUACAUCCGUGACGGCAGUGGAGGAGCGUAUCUUUGCUGCCUUUCAGGAACGUGUAAAAAUUUCUAAUCUUAUGGAAUUAGAAAGUAAUGAGAUUCGACGUGCAAAGGAGCGGGCAGAACAGCGGCAACAGAUGUUAUUAUUAAUUCAUAGACUGGAAAUGUCACUUGAGGCGGAGCGACGGCGUAUUGGUGGACGUUCUGUGGAUGAUCUUCGUUCGGUGUGUGCUCGACUUGAUAAGGAGAUUAAGCAAUGUGAACAAGAUCUCUUAACAUAUGGGGAUAUUGUAAAAUCUACAGAGAAAAAACAGAUGGAAUUAAAGACAUGUGUUAGUGAAUUAAAAGGUAAAUUGGAUACUCUUGAAGCGAAUAUUCGUCAACAGGGACGAAAUUCUGAACAAGAAUUAAAUAAAUUGGCUCAGGCCCGUAGAGGAGUAACGGCUCUUCAAGCCGCCUGUGAUACACUUCGUUUACAGCGAAUGAACGUUGUACGACGUUGUCAAAUGGAAGAGAUUUCUUUACCGUUAAAAACUGCUGAGAUAAGUGGUACUAAGCGAACACGACCUCUAGAAAGUGAUAUUCUAAAUUCAAGUGAAUCAUUCUCAUUACUAGAUGAGACACCUGGGAGUCAACAACAACAACAACAACAACAACAACAACAACAAGGUCGAACACGUUCUGUUGUUUCAGGAAAAGAAACUCAAGUAAUGGUGGAUUUUUCCUCUCUUUUGGAUAAUCAACGGCAAGCCGCAUCUGAUAAAACUCAUCUUGCUUCAUAUAAACAACGUACGGAAGAUCUUUUGGAAUCUCUUCAACGUGCAGCAGAGACACUUGCACCAAAUAUAAAAGCUGCCACACGAUUUAAUGCUUCAGAGGACAAACUUGGAUCCUAUUCUGCACAACUGGAGGAAGCACGUGAAAAGGCCAAUAAAGCAUACAGUGAAUUUGUAAAGGUAAAAGAGCUACGUACACAAUUAUUCAUGGAAACAUUUGAAAAGAUUGCCGAUCAUGUGGACCGUGUUUAUCGUUCCCUCACGCUUAGCACACGAGCCCACGCUGUGCAUGGCUCCGCUUAUUUAAGUCUUGAAGAUGUGGAAGAGCCGUACUUGGCGGGUACAAAAUAUCACGCCACACCGCCUUUAAAGCGGUAUAUGCCGAUGGAACUUCUCUCUGGCGGUGAACGCACAAUGGCGGCUCUCGCACUUCUUUUUGCCGUUCAUGCAGUUUCACCAACGCCGUUUUUUGUGUUGGAUGAAGUGGAUGCCGCGCUGGAUGCUGGAAAUGUGGAGAAACUCGCUAAUUAUAUGCGACGGAAUUGCUCUACAACACAGUUUAUCGUCAUUUCCCUGAAGGAUCAACUCUACCACGUGGCGGACUUGUUGGUUGGAGUUCUGAAGAACAAACAGAAGGAAAGUUCUUCCAUUUUGACAAUGGAUCUCCGUGGUUACCCGUUUUAA